CCAGCUGUAAGUGAAGUAGCAGCUCGAGGCCUGCAUCGAGAGGCCCAGUACGCCACGGCAGCCAAGGACCUGGCCUCCUCGGGACAGGAGCCUGUCAUCAACCACGUGGCCUCACCGCCCAGGAACGUCAGCCAACAGGAAGACACCGUACCCAGGAACAGACUCACGUCAGUUAAUCCGAUAGCUGUCGUGUCCAGUGCGCCACAACAGGUCAGCUCGGCCAGUCAGAGCCACGCGUACUCACCAGCAGACGAGUGGGGAGAAACAACAGAAGUAGCGGGCACGUCAGUAGACGCUGUCCAGAAGAAACUGUUGUGGGCAACUGAAGAGUUAGGGAAGACUUCAUCGAUAGAGAAUAGCAUUCAACUCUGCAUGUUGAUAAAGGCUUGUGCAGAAGCAUUGGUAGCAUUGAAAAAAGUGUAGAAAAGUAAGAAGUACAGAUGCACAGUCACUUUAUAACAAUGUAGUCUGUAAAGUGUAGUCUGUAAAGACCAAUGUUGAUUGUUACCUUGGUUUCUGACAAUCACACAAUUGUAAACCCUUACUUGUAGUACCACUUUCUGUUGCUAGGAGGUGCUGCUGUAAGUAGGUAAUACAUGUAAACCUCAAGCUUGUUUUGAUACUAGUAAAAGAUGUUGCAUUUGUGCUAUUCACAUAAUAUAAACCAUCCUUGUGUCAUUGUGAUCCUUGUGCUGUAGAGAUUGAAUUGCCUUAUGUAUUAAUAGAAAUCUAGCCUGCACUCAGCUAUCCUUUAAAUUGUGUUUGCAGUUUGCCUUACCAUCCAAAUGAAGAAUACCUUUGUAUAAAAUCUAUGUUCUCUGUCUGGAUUAAUGUAGUUUUCUUAGUUUGUAGAAAAUAAAAUCAGUAUCUUUUUUUUUUCAAA